UUCAACGAUGGCGAGAACGCUACACUGACAUGGAGAGUGACUCUGAAUUCGGGGGAAGAAGCUGGAGAUGUGACUAUUUGGCAGCAGCCUGUACCGGAUGGACCAUUAAGUCAGAUGUAUUCUUCAACUUCAGGAAAGACAUUAGCGUUCAGUGAUCGAGUAAUGUCGGCAUCGUACUCGGGUUCAUCUCCUGUGUAUGAUGUGGUGUUUACACUGAAAGUAACAACAGCGCGGAUGGAUUCGGAACCAAACACAGUGUCGUGUGAUUUGAAAGAACCACCUCACCGGGCAGCCUGCGUCAGACAAUAUUCUCAAAGUGCAGGUUCCACCCAGCAGCGUUAAUAUAACCCCACCGAGCCCUACCGUGACCGAGCAUGACCAAGUGAACCUGACGUGUUCAGCUGAUGGUACUCCUCCACCAACCUUCACGUGGAUCAGCCCUCAGGGGCACACCGUAGCACACGGACCGUUCUACACCAUUCCCAUGGUGCACCGCGACAUGGCAGGGGUCUACAUGUGCGUGGCUACUGACGGAUGUGGAAGGAAUCACACCAGAAAUGCGACACUCGCAGUGAGAUAUAAACCAGAGAACACUACAAUUGUAGCAAAUGCAUCUUCCGUGUGUAUUGGUGGCGUGGCCUUGAUAAAUUGCUCAUCGGUGGGUAAACCAGACAACAUAUCGUACACUCUGUAUCGCAAUGGUACGGAGUUUGCCUCACAGAUGCACGGGUUGUUUGUCCUUCGUCCUAACACUCCUGGAUUGACCAUCUUCAUGUGUGUUCCCAGUAACGAGGCGGGAGAUGGGCAGAAUAAGAGCGUCACCGUUACUGUUAAAGGAAAAGUAUUACCUGGAAUCCAGAGUAGCCUGGGUUAUCAGCUUCAGAUCUGUGGGAGAAAGCACCACGAUGUAGACAAUCAGACAAAUGAUGACCAAGAACAAGAUGGCAACGAGCACAGCGAGACCAACAAUGGUGGAGUUCUGAUCAUUUACCUCGACAGCUGGAUCAAAAGAAAGAACGUCGAAGUUACGACUUCACCAAAACAUGUACCUGUACCUAUUAUCACACCUAUAGGAGAGAUCAUGAUGGUUAAUUGACUAGCAUAUGCACCUGUAAGGGUGGUACUGAUGAUCACAUGACUAGCACACGUACCUGUGGGGAUGGUCCUGAUGGUCACGUGACUAGUACACGUACCUGUGGGGGUGGUACUGAUGGUCACGUGACUAGCACACGUACCUGUGGGGGUGGUCCUGAUUGUCAUGCGACUAGCACACGCACCUGAUUUGGUCCUGAUGUAGACCGUGUCACGCCUCGUGUCUCCCCGCACCGACACGGCGACCUCCACCUCGUACAGAGAUUCAGGUUCAAGAUCAUCCAACACGCACGACAGAGAGGCUGAAUUACUGACACCUGAUGACGUCACCCAGUCACGUGACGCUCCAGCUAGAGGUCUAGCGCGCAUCGUACACUGCGCAUUACGAGUUGCGUUUGACCACGUGACUUUGAGGCUGCUGGAUGCCGGCAUGACGUCACUUAGCUGUGGCACUUUCCGCGAGGCAGCUGUAAGAACCGGUAUCAUUCAACGACCCGCUAAAUAUCAGACUUCUAUUGCUGCUAAACCAUUCGCUGUUCUUGUACCAAGUGAUGCUGACAGGUCUAACCACAUUAGUUGUACACUCCAAGGUAAAGGGAACUCCUCUUUUUACCAUUGGAGCUGAAAUAUUGACGAACUCUAUUUUUUCUAAAAAGGUAAAAUAAGUUUAUAAAUUAAUAAGUAUGUUUUAGCAUUAGUAAAUACUAGAUAUAGCAAACAAUAGUCGAUACAUUAUCAAUAAACACUCAAAAAUAA